AAGACACUUUUCCCCCAGCUUGAUAAGAUCAGAGACACAGGGAAAGCUGUGACUGUUUGUAGAGCGUCCUCUUCACAGCCGCAGACGCACUCAGCUGCAGAGGGAGACGUCACCAUGCCGACCGUCAAGAGCAAGAAGAAGAAGCUGAAGAAGGAGAUCAACGAUGGAGAGGAGCAGGGAGAAGUAGGUCUGGAGAUGGAGAUGGAGGAAGGGACCAACAGGAGCCAUUCUGAAAGCAGAGACCCUUUGACCCCAGAGCCACAGGAUCCAGCACCACAGAAGAGGAAGAAAAAGAAGAAGGCGCCUACUCUUGACAUGGAAGCAGAGCAUGCUGACGUGCCAAACGGUAACUUGGCCGAGCCAGCCACGGAUGGAGAGGAGAUGACUGUCGCCGUAACCAGAAAGACGAAGAGGAAGAGGAAGGCUAAGGCGACGGAGCACUACAAUGACCUGGGAGCUGAAGAAGACGAUAUCAUCACAGAUGCCCAGUCCCCCAUCCCCCAGCAUUCCCUGUUCUCCGCCCCCCACGGACACAGCCAGCCGGCCGGCAAAGUCUUCGUGGAGAGGAGCAGGCGUUUCCAGGCGGAGCGAGUGGAGCAGCUCCGACACUCAGAGCUGAUGGACGACUACAUGGACCCCAGACAGAUCUGGACCACCAGAGACGUCGCUAUGAGGGUUCACAACGGCUUCCGGGUGAUCGGGCUGUUCUCUCACGGGUUCCUGGCCGGCUACGCGGUGUGGAACAUCAUUGUUGUGUACGUGCUGGCGGGGGAACAGAUGACCACGCUGCCCAACCUGCUGCAGCAGUACCACCUCCUGGCCUACCCGGCUCAGUCUCUGCUCUACCUGCUGCUGGCCAUCAGCACCGUGUCUGCAUUCGACAGAGUGAACUUGGCCAAGGCCUCCAUGGCCCUGAGAGGCUUCCUCACCCUGGACCCAACUGCUCUGGCCUCAUUCUUGUACUUCAUAGCCCUGAUCCUGUCCCUCAGCCAACAAAUGACCAGCGAUCGCAUCAACCUUUAUCCUACGGCCAACGAGACUCUGUGGCCUCCAGGUUCAGAGCAGCAGAUCCUGCGGCCGUGGAUCGUAGUGAACCUGGUGGUGGCGCUGUUGGUGGGCCUGGCCUGGGCCGUCAUCUCCACGCGGCCGGACAUCGACUACACAGAAGAGUUUUUGAUGACGAUGGAGAUGGAGGGAUACCUGAGAGGAGACGAGAACCUGGACACCCCUGCCUGAAACCCUGAAAACCUCUGUCUCUCUCUCUCGGAGUCCAAAUCCGUUUCCUUGUUCGUUUAAUGUAUGUUUUUGUACAAUAUGCAACAUUACAUAGCACUUUGUUUUCCUGGGAGUCAUUUUGUAAAAAAAAAGAAAAAGAAGGAAUACGUGUACAGUAGCAGCUGUCGGGUGUUUGGUGUGUUUACAGCCUCUUAUCACAGGGUGGAGC